AUGGACAACAGUGCGACACAGGUACGUUUUCGUGUUAUUCCAUGGUAUACGUGCACGUAGACCUGGAAAUCUGUGGGCAGCGCCGAUAGAGGCCCUCCUGCAGGCGUGUACGGCACGUCAGCGGAAACACACGUGGUUCGUUGACGGCGUCACACAGUUAAUGAUGGUUAAUUUACCGAAUUUUUACCCUGUAGGUGUUCACCACCAGUGCUAGGUACCUAGGUAGUGGUCUCAAAAUUUGUAGUAGUGAAAAUGGUCACUUUGGCUAUAAUAAUUUAGUCUAAAGAAUUUUCUAGAACAUAUGGACAGUCACCGGCGAGUUAAAGAGAACGUCGUGCUGUUCUCAUAUACCUAUUGUUAUUUUGUUAUUUUUGUCGUUUUUUUUUUUUUUUGAGGUUAUGUAUGCAGUACAGUAUUGUACUCGUAUUCAUAAACUGAUAGAGGUGCUCUUGGAUGGGUUACAAAAAAAAAAAAAAAGAGACUUACCAAAUGGCGAAUGCCUUCUCAUCAUCGUUAAAGAAGUUUCACGUUAUUGGUGGAAUUUCAAUGUACUCAUUGACUGUUGUGGACCCUAUUGGUUAUUUGGUUUCAGUAAUAUGCAAAUGUUGAAUGUAUUACAUUAACUUUUUUUCCAAUUCAACUGUCUAAAUGUUAAUCAUUAGGUUAUCUACCUAAAUAUCUGUUAAUAUACUUGGGUUGUACCUCACAGUUGUAGUUUCAAACAGCAUACGGCUUGUUGAUUUCUAAUUCAAAUGUAUUGUUUUUGUUACAAAGUUCAAGAUUAUUCAAAAAUUCAAUAACCUAUUAACUAUACAACUUGGCUUUUGGCCAUCAAAUGCAUACCAUUGGCUAUUGUUAACAAUCAUAAAUGUUAAUUUUAACUUAACAAAUAUCCUAUCUAUCUUUUGCAUGCCUAAAUAAUUUGUCGACAAAUAAAUUGCUUUGUAUAUUUGUCUUGUACAUCAUGUAACUGUCGCUUUCCGUACAUAUUGUAUAAAUAAAGUAUCAUUGAUGAAUAGUUUCGCCAAUGUCAUUUAUGUAUACAAAUAAUUAAAUGGUUUAAUCAAAUUUUUUAAUCAACUAUAUAAGUAUUCUCUACAUUUUAAGGUUUGAAUUAUGAAAUUGAGAAAUAAGCCCCUGAAAAAAAAUGGGGGUGGGCAAAGCCCUGUUGUAAAUUAAUAUACAGAUGGACAAAUAAAAACAUAUAAUGAACUAUGUAGGUUAGGUACAUAAAAAAUAAAACAAAUAUAUGAUGUAGGUAUGUAUGCAGAUUUACACUUCUUAUUUCUCUGAUUUAUUACUUUGGAUUUCUAACAAAAUGUUUUAAUAUUUCAUAAUGUUGCAACCUAAAAACCCAUACUGAACAUAAUAAUAUUAUGUUGUAGGUAUAAUUUUAUUGGGAAAUGGGAAUUUAUAUAUUUUCUUUUAUAGAGAAAAAACUAUUUGUAAAGACAAAUAACUUAAUUAUAAAUUGACUAUUAUUAAAUUAAAUUAAAUAAUAUUCAGUGUUUGAGAAAUUAAACCAAUAGGUAUGUUUUUAAAUUAUUCUACCAUUUAUACAUUAUUAACAAAAGUUUCAAAUAAAUUCAUUGUCAUAUGGUAGAUUUUUAAGAACACAGGAGAUUUUAAUGUUUUCAAUUUUGUUUUGGUAACCUAUAACAUAGAAUAUUUUUAAAUUAUAAAAUAUAAUCUAAAUAUUUAAUAAUUCUAAUUUCAAACUUGAAUAAUAAUAAAAUAAAAUUAUUGACUAAAGAACAAAUCUUAUUAACUUAAACUUUUUAUUUUUUUCAAAACUAUUUGAAUCACAUAUGGCAAAUUAAACACUUCUUAGCAUAUAUAAAAAAGUGCAACAAUUUUUUAAGAUUAGUAAAUAUCGAAACUUAUUAUUCGCUACAGUCAAAUGUGAAAAAAUGUUUGAAAAACAACUAGGUAUUUAAGUGAACCUGUAAUGGUGAUAAAUUUCAAAUUUCCAUAAUUUUCUUAAUGAUUUCUGGAAAAAAAAAACCCACACUAACUCAGUUGAAAUAUAUAAAAUGCCUAAUAAACUAAAUUCAUAGUCCUUUAAGUUGUAAAUAAAAUAUAUUUUAACAUUAAAUAAUUCAUCUAUUAGUAUAAUAUUUAACUUCAGAAUAUUUUAGCUCAUACCUAGGUCGCUAUUACAAAUAUUUUUUUUUUACAGUUAUAUUAAAAUACUUAUGACAAUACCUAGUAUGUAUGAUUUUGAAAGCUAAGUACGGUUGGUAAUAAUAAUAUUAUAACUACAAUUGUAAUAACGGUAUUAGUAUUUAGUAUUUAUCUUAAUCUAUCGUCUAUCUUCAUCCAUACUAAACAAUGUUACUAAACAUAGCCAUUAAGUGAUUGUGUGUUUGUAACUUUUGCUUAUAAUAUGUAGAAAAAGCUUUAUUGUUAUUUUUUUUUCUUCUUUUGCUCUGUUUUCUUUCUAAAAAAUUCCUGCAAAAGAAGUCCUAAAUUGGAAACUACAAGGAAACUCUUUGGCAGGCCUAAACAACAAUGGUAUGAUAAGGUCACAAAGGAUCUAAUAUUGUCAGGAAUGGAAAGGUAUGGAGGUAGCACCGGAUAGAGUUUGGACAGAAAUAUUUGAAAAAUUAAUUCUAGGUUAAUUAUAACUCGAAUUAACCAAGUGACUUUUAAAAACCGAACUUUGAGUCAUUUUUCAGUUAUAAAUUAAAAAAUUAUGUAUCUUUCUUUCCCAACUUCCCACCUACAAUAGUGGCACACCCUUCCCUAAGAUCAGCUCUUUUUUUAUUAAUCUAUUCAUAAUAUCAUAGGCAUUAGAACAGACUAAAAAAAAUUGAGUACCUUUAUAUUUAUAUGUGUAUAAUUAUUUUUUAAAUUACAAGAUAUGUAGAUUUGGUAGCUAUGUACAGACAACAUAAAAAGAAGAAAGCAUAAUUACCUAGUUUUAUAAAAAACAUUAAAUUAAAUUAAAUAAGACUUUUCUUUGGGGAUUAAACUUAUUUUAUAACUACUGCUUUUGUUCUGCUUUAGUGACUUAUUCAAUUUUUGUUACUUUACAGCAGGUGUAGUUAAUAAUUAACCCAACAUUUUGUUAUUGUCAGAGACACAGUUAAAAGUGUUCAAAAAUCGACAAUAAUAACAAUUUGAAGUAAAACUAUAAACUUAAUGAAAUGUUUAGAAGUGGGGGGUUUUUUUUUUACAUAUAAAUAAUAAUUAAAUCUGGAAAGUAUUUAUCUACGGUUAAAUAAUGAGUAAAUUUGCUAAUCCUAAAGUUGUAAUAUUUUUGUUUAGGAUAAUUUAUUCUUCCACAUUUGAGUCAGCAUUUAGUAAUUAUAAUUUUACUAUAAGCGUUACAAACGUGGAAAAUUAAGCUUAAUAAUUCUAAGUUAUCGUUUUGGUACUUUAGAAAAGUAGAAGAUUUUCUGACAGUUGACCUUCACUGAACUUAUGUGUGUGGCCAGAAUAAGGAAAAUUACAUUUAUUUAUUUGUCUAAUUCUAAUAUGAUUGAUGUAUUAUAGUACUUAUAUACUAAACUUUGUUGGUGCUUAUAUUGAUGUAUCAAUUAGAAAUUCUUAUUUUUCUUUACUUACUACUUAUUGCAAUUAUAAUUUUUAUAGUUAUUUAUUUCAAUUUAAUAAGAAAAGGUUUUUCUUCAACCCAUAGUAUGUAGGUAGCUUUGAAAAUUAGUUAUUUGGUAUCCCUUGUUUAAAGGGGUUUUAUGUAAUCAUAUCUCAACAAAUGUAAGUAAAUAAGUACAAUUUCAAAAUUAAAUUAAGUAUUUAUUCAAGAAAUAAAAUCAUUAAUUUCUAACUUACAACAUUGUUGCUAGGUAUUGCUAGGUAUCUUAACAUUUUGAUUAUUUUUUGUGUAUAUUUAUGUAACUGUGUAAAUUUAUAACUUUCCUAAGUAUUUGUUAUGUGGCUUCAUUUGCUCAGUUUCAAGGAUUUGUAUUUCUAUAUUUUUCUUUAACAAAAUAGUGUUAAUUAUUAAUACAUUAAGAAGUUCAAUAGGUAGUGUAAGAUUAUAGCUUCGUAAAAAAAUUUCUGAAAAGUAAUUAUGAUCUUCACUGUAAACUGAGUAUAAUUUAUUAAUAGUUAAUUAUCCUUGAAAUAAAAUAUGUAAUACCUACAAUACUAUAAUAUUAUUUACAAAGUUUUUAGAAUCAAUAACUUUGUAUACAUUUUAUUUACACAAAUAUCGACAAUUUAUAUGAUAUUAUUGUAAAUAUUAUUCAACUUGGAUUAAAUACCUGAAGUUGUAACUUUGUAAGGAAAACUAAUGUUUUCUAUUUUUAAAGUAAAUUGACUCUGAACACAAUAAUCAUAAAUUAUUAAUUCAAUUCAAUUAUUAGUUUAUCCCCUAUAAGGAUUUGUAAUCUAAAUGUUAUAGUGUGAUACGUUAAACAACAAUAAUUUAGAAAUAAUUUAAAAAUUUAUAUUUUUAAUAAUUUGGUCUUGGAAUAAUAGAACUUAAAUUUGAUUGUACCUAUAGUUUUUAGUAUAAGAUUUGAUAUUUUUUUCAUUUAAAAAAUUUAACUUUUAAUUCAUUUUAGUAUCAAUAAUGUAGCUUGAUUUCAUAUGAAUAAAAACCAAAUUUAAAUAUCUGUUAUUUGUUUGUUUAGGAGUUUGAGUUCCUUGAUUUCACAGAUAUCAAUGACAUGGAACGAGGUCGAUUGCUGCACAUGCUGUAUUCUGCCCGGAACGAGUCAUGGGUAUCUGGAGAAGAAGGAUUCAAACAUCCUGAUUUUCCAUGGACAUUUCGUGGUACUCAAACUCAGACACUUCCCCCCCAAGAUAUAAUGAAUGAAGUAGGCAACAUUACACAUAUUUCUGAUUGGAAUACAGCAGCUGAUGAAUAUGGUAUGUUGAUUAAGAUUUUUGUUUAUUUUUUACAAUUUUAUUAAUUGAAGAUCAGUGCUUACAAUUAAGUAAUAAUAGACUGUGGCUAUUCAACAGUUAAUGGUGAUGCUGAGCCAGAAAAUCCUGUAAUGAUAAAUGGUGGAAAUUUUGUACCUGGCCCUCCUCCGCCAGUUUAUCAAAUGGUGCCAAAUCCUCCAGUUUAUAUGGGCAAUGUACCUCCACCAGUGCAUGGAUAUGUUCCGUCCCAAAUGUCGCCAUAUCAGCAGCCAAUGUACCCUGGACCUGAACCACCUAUGGAUCCAAAUCAUAGGCGACCAAAUAUUUCCAGAAAUCCAAAAGGAAUCCCUCCACCACCAAAUGUGAAACGUAAUAAUGAUAUGGCCUACCGUCAUCCAGACAAUAUCGAAAUACCCAAUUACCAUACACCACCAACAUACAUUGCUGUCCCCCCUCCACAUUAUUAUUAUUCACCUCAAAAUAGUCCAUUAUAUUUACCACCUCAUCAUGGGCAUCCGACAUAUCCAAUGUACACUCAUCCACAUCCUACUAUAUACAAUACAUACCCACAACCUGGUCCACCUAUGUACCAUUCACCACCAGCUGGGCAAGUGCCUCAACAACCUUUAUUAGUUGAAUCUUGCAAACCCAAUGUUAAUCAAAUUCCAUCUGUACUUAAUGUUUAUCCUCAAGUACCAGAAAAUGUUGUGAAUGAAAAUACACUGGAUCAAGAAAUAAUGUCUAUACCACAGGAUACAGAAUUGCAAUUACAAGCACAAGAACAUAUUAAAGUGGACUUGGUAGAUAUUAAACCAGAAGAAACAAACAAUGAAAGUAUUGUGAGUAUAAAAGAAGUGCCUACAAUUAUAGAAAUUAAUAUGCCAGUUGAAUUGGGUGAAAAAUUAAAAGAACCUAGUUCUAUUAAAACAAAAAAAAAGAAAGAACCUGUCAUCGAUGAUACUUCAAAUGUUAUUCAAGAAAAUCAAAAUGCUGAGGAGGAAACUGAGAAGAAUGCAAUUAAGAAAGCAGAAUCUAUUCCUGUUCUAGAAUUAAAAGAAGAUUCUUCUUUUAAUCAAGAACAAAAGUCUCAAAUUUCUACCCCUUCUGUUAUACCUGAAGUUCUUCAAGAAGUGGAACCCAUAAAACCAGUUACUAAAACAUGGGCAGGACUAUUUUCUGGAUGUUCCAGUACAAGCAAUGAUAAAGUUUUUACAUUGCACGGUAGUAGUCAGCCAGCAACCAAUACCAUUGCAGAACCUGUAAUUAUGCCAUCAAGAAGCACUACUGAUAAUCACAUUCGAUCAGCAAUGUAUGUACCUAUUACCAAUCAAAAAAUGUCUUUGGCAACUAAACCUAGAUUGUCAAGCAUAAAUGUAUCAUCUAAUGUUGAUGAUAGCACAUUGAAUUUGCAACGAUUAGGCGGUAAGUUUUAAAUUUAUCAUCUAAAUAACAAUAAAAAAUACAUUUUAUGAAUGUUUCUGUUUUAGAAUUUCUCUCUAUUUAUAAUUUGGAUCAUAAAACUGCUCAUCUCCAACCUAGAGGCCUUACCAAUCGUAAUACUCGCUGCUAUAUAAAUGCUACAUUACAAGCACUAUUAACAUGUCCUCCUUUUUUUAAUCUCAUGCGAAGUGUACAAUUUAAACUAAAAACUAGAAACCCACGAGGAACACAAAAAUCAUCUACUCCAAUUUUGGAAAGCAUGUAUGUUGUAUAAAUAAUAAUACAUUUAUAAUAUGAUAAGAUUAUUAUUUAUCAAUUAUUAGGGUGCAGUUUAUUGGUGAAUUUCAACAACUGAGCAUUAAAAAUGGAAGAACUACCCAACAACAACGCCAAGCUACAUCUGUAGCUACUCAAGACACUCCAGAUGUUGGUCCAGCUUUUGAACCAAGUUAUGUUUAUAAAAUAUUGCCUGCAUUUGAAGAGGGUCGCCAAGAAGAUGCUGAAGAAUUUAUGAGCUAUCUUCUUAAUGGCAUUAAUGACGAGAUGAUUGAAGUAAGGCUAAAAUGUUAAUAAAUACCAAUUUAUAUAUGUAUUUGUUUUAUAACAUGAUGUUAUUUUCAGCUUAUCAAAAUGAGUAAAUCCAAUAUUGGCAAUGGUGAAACACAAGUAGAAGAUGGCAUUGAUAAUAAUAAUGAGUGGAAAGUAAGUAUAUUCCAACAUAAACCAAUUAAUUUAUAUUUUUUCUAAAUACAUUUUUAUCUUAUUAAUUUUUAUAAUCUUUAAAUAUAUUAAGGAAGUCAAUGGUAAACAUAAAAUGGUAACUAGAAGAACAGUUAUGGAAAAAACUCCAUUGUCUGAGAUAUUCCGUGGACAACUACGUACCCGCACAGUGAAAAAUAGUGAAAAUGAACCGACUGAAAAUAUUGAGCCAUUUUUCACACUCAAACUAGAUAUUGAAGUAUUUUUAUUAUUAUUUUAUUUAUAGUCAAAAAAAGUUGAAUUAGAUUUAUUUGUAUUUAUAUAUAUUUCCAUAGAAAGCAAAGUCUGUACGGGAAGCUUUAGAUAUGCUUGUCAAUAAAGACACGCUUGAAGGGUUAACUUGUCCAAAAACAAACCGUGAACUGGAUGCUUACCAACAAGUUACCAUUGAUGAACUACCAUAUGUAUUAUUAUUACAUCUGAAGUGUUUUGAAUACAAGCAACAGAAACUUACUAAAAUUGUGAAAAAUGUUGAAUUCUCUGUUGAUCUUAAAAUUGAACCUAGUAAGUAUAUCUUUAUUAGUAAUAUACACAUUCCAUUUUUCUGAUAAUAUCAAAUCUGAUAUUCAUUUCAUUAGAUUUGUUUUAGAAAUUUGGGUACAUUAAAUUGACUCAUAAAGAGUAGCAUUUGGAUUAAGUUCAAGGGCUUAGUUUUGUGUCAUACAAAUGAAAAAUAUUGAGUGAAUCUAAUAGAAAAUAAUUUUUACAUAUUUGUUUAUGUAAAGUCAGUUUUAAGUAUUAUUUUUUACUUUAAUGUAAGCAUAACAAAUGUGUUAAAAUAUUUUCCGACAGUAGAGACUUGUAUUAAACAAAAAUAUGUGGUCAGAAUAAUCAAAAUUAUCCACUUCAAGUCAAUUUUUAGUAUUAUAAAUAAUUUACUAAAAGUGUUACAAAUGUGGUAAAUUAAAUCAUUUUCUGACAGUAGACCUGUGUAAGAUUAAGAUUUCAUAUGGUCAGAAUAGUGAAAAUAACAUUAAACCAACAUUUGCUAUUAAAAUUGUAUUCUUAAAUAAUUUUAUUAAAAUAAUGGGAAUCCACGUCUAGUCAGUUUUUAGUAUUAUGAAUAAUUUAUUAUAAGCGUUACUUCUUCUUGAGCUUUUCACAGACUUUUCAGGUCCACUUUUUGAAUUAUAUGUACACACUUUUAUCACUGGUUAAUUUAACUGGUAUUCCUAAUUGGCCUAUGACUUCUCAUAAUUUUUCUCUAUUGAUUGAGUCGUAUACUGCUUUGAAAUCUACAUAAAGUAGGUGUAUUUGGUCUAUUAUUGAUUUACCUAUCAUAAAACCUCCUUGGUAAACUCCGACUACUUCUUUAAUGUAUGGGUUGAGUCUGGUCAGUAGUAUAUUAGACUAUAGUUUACACAUUGUAUUGAGUAGCGAGAUCCCUCUAUAAUUUUCACAUCAUUGGGUCUUCUUUUUAUGCACUGGGCAUAAUAUGGAUAUAAGCAAUGAGCGUUACAAAUUUGGUAAAUUGAAAUAUUUUCCGACAGUAGACUUGUAUUAAACAAAAAUAUGUGAUCAGAAUAAUCAAAAUUAUCCACUUCAAGUCAAUUUUUAGUAUGAUAAAUAAUUUACUAAAAGUGUUACAAAUGUGGUAAAUUAAAUCAUUUUCUGACAGUAGGCCUUUGUAAGAUUAACAUUUCAUAUGGUCAGAAUAGUGAAAAUAACAUUAAACCAAUAUUUGCUAUUAUAAUUGUAUUAAAAUGAUGUGAGAUAACAAUGGGAAUCCACAUCUAGGCAGUUUUUAGAGUUAUAAAUAAUUUACUAUGAACAUUGCAAAUUUGGUCAGUUGAAAUUUUCUGUCAGUAGACCUGUACUGUAUAGCUUGUAUAAGAUGAUUAGAAUAAUGAGAAUAAAAUUUAGACUAGGUCAAAAACAUUCACACAAAAGAGAAUAAUUUGAAAUUUUCAAAUGACCACAGUCAUAAAUAAAUAGUUCAAUAAUCACCAGAAUGCUUUAAAAAUAUUUCAGAACAUUUUGAUUUUCUACCAUUAUUUGGUGCUAAUUCGGGGUAUGCAUUCUAAAUAUUGUUUCUCAUUCUUAAUGUUUUCUAAUAUUGCGAGAAAAAGGUCAGGACUGUGUUUAUGUUAGUCACCAGCUACAGUGGUCAAGAUGGGAUUGUAAAUGAUUAAGAGGAUAACACUCAUUUUCUUCAAUAAUUUCCUUUUUGUGUCCAACCAUGACCUCUCAAUGUUUUGAGUGUAGGCUUAUGUAAUUUCAUUGACAUAUGAAAUUUGGUGAUCGUUUUGUGUGCAACCAUACCUUGGUUUGUGAGAAUCCUAUAUACGGCCUAUUCAUCAGAAUGAAUUUCUGAUCCUGCUUCGCAUUCACGUUUUAUUAUCCGUAGAAGUGUUUCUUGAUUGUGUCGAUAAACAUAAAAAUAAAAUAAAGGCAAUCGUUUCUAUUUUUCAAUUCAAAUACCCAGGAACCAUCUACAUUCAUUGCUGCUUUCUGAUCCGUUGCAAUUUGUGUGGGCAAUUCCAAUACAAACAAAUAUAAUUUUACAAAGUGUUAACCCUCUGUUGCAACAAGCCAGUAGAAUGAAAGAAGCUGCAACUAGCUCAUGCCAAUCUUGUUCUGACAGCUUUUUUUUGGACACCGAAACGUGGCUAACCACUCCAUUAUGGCAUUUCUUUCAUUAUUUUACCUGUAUUUCUGUGCCACAUUUAUGACAUGGGGCGUUAUCUUCAACACUUCUUAAUAAUCCUUUUUCUACUAAAACUCAAUGACACGUGUUCUUAUUUGGCACUACUGUAGAAUAAAAUUUGUGAUAAGUCAUCACAGACAUCACUAUUAAUAAAUGAUACACAAAAUUUAAAUAUUCGUAAUUAAUAAUCUCUGUGAGCUACGUAACUAAAAACCGAAAAGACUACUAUUACAAAAAAAAGUAGUAAUCAAACAUAAGAUAAUAAAGAAAUACCUAACAUAUCAUAAUAUAUAAAAACAAGGUAGAUAACGUAACUAGAUAGAUCAGUAGUUGUCCAAUAUCCCUGUUCCAAACCAUGAAAGAGUGUAAAACAGCAAAACCUUUAGAGCGCGUACAGAAUUAUCUCUAUUAUUUUUCCUCAAAUUACAAUUAAAGAACCAAAGUUUGAACCAGUCAUUGCCUAAAUUUUCCCUAUUAUUUACAAAAGCUUUAAGGAAUAGAAAUGAAUUUUUAAAUUUUAAAAUAUCAAAUGGAUUUAAUUUUAUUAAAUAAAUUAAUAGAUAAAACUAUAACAAAAACUGCGUUUAUAUGACGAACAUUAUAAACUACAGCUAAUUAGAAAAAGUAUUGGCACCAAAAUUAACUUUUAUAAACAAAUCAUAUUUAUAUUUUCAUUUAAUUUCACAAUUAAUAUGUAAAUAAUGUAAUAUUAUUAAAUAUUACUUAAACAAUUUGUGUGUAAAUGUCACUAAUAAGUAGUGAACAUUUUGACUUGUUAUUAAUAAAUUAUGUAUUAUUUUAUAUUUUUAUUUUGCUUUGGUUAUUUUAAUAAUUUUUUUUAUUUUUUUUGCAGAGUUAAUAUCAAAAAAUUCAAAGAACAACAUGAAAACCAGACAGUAUAAACUUUUUGCUGGUAAACACUUUUUCUCUUUUUAUAACAUAACCUUAUUAAAUUGUUACCCCGUUUUAUUUAAGCCGGCUGAUAUAAAUAUUUUAUUAUAUGGGUGCGCAAAGAACGGGUAUAUUAUUACAGUUUGUGUGUAUGGAAUUUUUCUGUUUUUGAAUUAUUCUAAAGAAAACACUGUUACAGUAUUGUAAAAGUUAUCAUAAAAUGUGUAUAUUAUAUUUCUCCGUUUUAUUUAAGCCGGCUGAUAUAAAUAUUUUAUUAUAUGGGUGUGCAAAGAACGGGUAUAUUAUUACAGUUUGUGUGUAUGGAAUUUUUCUGUUAAUGAAUUAUUCUAAAGAAACCACUGUUACAGUAUUGUAAAAGUUAUCAUAAAAUGUAUAUAUAAUUUUGAAAAAAACCCGUUGCUGGUAUUUCCACACAACAUCCCACCAUAGGUGUUGAGUUCGCACUGUACUUAUCCUUUAUGUUUUAUAUAAUUAACAAAACAUCAAAACCAACAGUAAUUUUUUUUUUUUUUUUUAUAUAUAUAUAUAUAUAUAUAUAAAUUUAUGAAAAAAAAAUUGUUAACAUUUUUCUUAAUUAUAAAUAUUUCAAACAAUAAAAGUUAAAAACUACAUUUCUUUGCUUGAAUGGUGGUCAGACAUAACAUUUUGUUCUAAGUGAAAUGCUCACUUUAUGGAUACUGAUAACAUUGUAUGUUGAUAACUUAUCAAGAACUAUUUAUGAAAUCAUUAUAUUUACAAAAAUAUACUUAUUUGGAGACAUGUUAAUUGAAGGUUAACAUAUGGUUCUCAGCAUACUCACAAUAUUAAGUGAGCACCACAAUACCAACAACCGGUUAAAAUCAUUUUGUUAUUUAUAAUAUUUAAUGUCAUCUUAACAAAGAGCCACAUGGCUGUUAUAGAAUAAUAAAUUAGUUUAAAAUUUUUUUUUUUUUUUUUUUUUAAGUUGUCUACCACGAUGGUAAAGAGGCAACUAAAGGCCAUUACUUUGCUGAUGUAUUCUAUGUGGCUCUUGGUCGAUGGUUACGGUUUGAUGAUGCAUCUGUACGGUUUGUCACAGACAAAGAAGUAUGUCAGCCCAAACCACCAUGUAUGCCGUACUUGCUGUAUUACAGACGAAACGACACAAUUGCUGCCCUCUCUGCAUUUGACAAUAAAGGUCGAUAA